AUGGUGCCGGAGAAUGUCGUCGAUGGUUGCGGCAACGACUCCCUCCAGGAAGAGCCAUUCCCUGGCCCGGACAACCAGUCGAAGAUGAAGCGCUCGGUUGAGAACGCCGAACACGUUGGUCUGUUCAUCCCGACUGCUGGGCAGUACUUCCGGAAUGAGCGGCGCCGCCGCCACUCCCAGUAUGACGGCGGCCGCGCUUCUUCUUUCCAGCCUUUUGGUCAGAGGUUCAAGGGCAAUAACGCACUUGUCUUCUACCCGGAGGGUAGUCCCACUGUCGCUGGCGCUCUAAGCCAGGACAUGGACAUCUCCCACCGCAUCGAGGUCUGUGACACUCCUGCGCCCUCUCUCGUUGAACUCGGCAACUACAUCACCCAGAUCAGUCACCGAACAUGCUUCACUAACUCACCGAACCUCCAAAUCACCUUUCUCAACAUCUUCCCCGACACACUGGGUGAUUCCUCUUCCCCGACAUACUGGGUGACUGGCCGCCCCAAGAGGGUCGCCCCUACGAACCUCCGCGGUUCCGAAGCACGUGGACGGACGCGAUGUCCGAACCACCCCGCUCCGAUCCCCGUCGCAAGGCGGGUGAGUGUCGGCCCUGGUUCUCGGGGCCCACACGAGGAGCGCCUGGCUCGAGUCCAGCGAGUUGAGGGGACUGAGCAUCGCAUUGAGCGGUCGAUGGAUGUGAUGGUCGCUGCCCGACGCAGCAUGUACGGCGCUGACAUGCUUCCCCGUACAACCAACUUCGGGGUGACCCCUGAGGACGCCCGCGAGCUACACCAGAACCAGCAUCGCAGCGAUCCGAAGUUGGUAUGUCUCGGUCUUCCCGGUGGUUGCAUGAUGUUGUCAUCGUUCUUUUGGUCGGUACGAUUCUAUGUAAUCGUCGGGGGGGCCGAGCAUAUCAUCUAUUUUUUUCCAACACCACCAACUUCGGGGUUACCCCCGAGGAGGCCCUGGAGCUCCACGAGAAGCAGCAGGCUUACAACGCUGCGAACGCCACUGCUGAUUGCCGUUGUCGCUUGCUCGCAUACGUCAGCAUUGUUGCUCUCUUCGCAAAGACAUCCUUCCACCGGCCUCAAUCUAAAAAGCUCCCUCAGCUUCUCAAAGAGUACCGGGAAGCCUGUAAUGAUAUCAAAGUCAGCCACCCGGCCUCGUCCUAUCAUCACUUCAACAUCCAUCCUUCCCUACCUUCCUUCCUUCCUUCAUCAACAUCCUUGCCUUGUACCCUCAACAUCUUUACCCUCCUCCUCAUCAUCUUUACCUCUCUUCUAUAUAUAUUGUUCAUUGCCCGACCAGAUCGCAGCCUUGAAGCCCCACGGGGUCUUGUCUCACCACUUUACAUAUAUACACACUGCGUGGCCGACCGCAGCAUUGAAGCCCCACGGGCUGUGUCCUCUCGACAAUCUAUAUAUACACCGCGCGAUUGAUCGCAGCAUUGAAGCCCCACGGGGUCUGCCUCUCAUCAAUAUAUAUACUACUGCUCGACCGAUCGCAGCAUUGAAGCCCCACGGGUCCUGCCCUCGCGGCAGCAGAGCAGUCAUUUUCUGGUCAGCACGGGAGCCGACAUCGAAUUCGACGAUUAGUGGCUUGACUAUGGACCUUUGUACAUGCUCUCUCUCUCACAUUCAAGACCAUGACACUUCUUCUGCAUGCUUCAACGGGAGAGCAGACGGACACUUCAGCCGGGGGAAACUCGAGAAGCCAACAUUAGUUCAGCUCUCUAUCCCAGCUUUGGAUCAGACACUUCUCAUCGUCAUGACAAUUGCUUUGGAUCGCCUUGACCUCAGCCCAUUUUCCAUGCCGAGUCAACCGGAGAUUGAAGCAAACCUACCUCACGAUUCCUCAACACGCACUAUACAUUGGCCUUCAAUGGCGACGCUCAGUUCCGCUCUCUAUCCAAGUCGGGACCAGCUCGGCGGAGAUCACCAUCAACUGUAUUCCUUCGGUUCACUCCCUCUCUCCUAUCUCACAAUACAUUUCUUUGACUACGGCUGGCCCCUCCACCGCCAACUCACCUCCCACCUCGACCAUCUUCAACUCUCCCUCUAUGUGCCUGACAAGGCAAUGCGAGACUUGUGA